AUGAGCGAUUAUUCCAGUGCUAAAUUUCUGAGUAAACAGAUGAAGGCAAGGGGCCUUCAAAAAUUGAGGUUCUAUUGUCAGGUCUGUAUGAAGCAAUGUCGUGAUGACAACGGAUUCAAAUCGCAUAUCAAGUCACCAUACCAUCUGAAGAAAAUAGCACAGAUUUCAACAGAUGACAUUGACGAGUACACGGCACAGUUUGAAUCUGAUUUCUUGACCCAUUUGAGAGUAAAUCACGGUGAGAAACCAAUUACCGCCAAUAAAGUUUAUAAUGAAUUUAUUCAAGAUAGGGACCAUAUUCAUAUGAAUGCGACUCAAUUUACAUCGUUGAAUAAAUUUAUACAACAUUUGUCAAAGGAAGGAAAGAUUAGAAUACGAAAUCUUGAUGAUUUUGACAAACCAGAAAAUAUCGAGAUGGGCAAUUUACUAAUCAGUUACGUUGACACCUCUGGGAAUAAUACAUUACAGAAGCAACAACUUCAAGAUAUUGAGAAGCAUGAGAAAGCAGAUCAGGAAAUGAAGAGUUACAUACUGCAAAAGCAGAUUGAAGCUGGUCUCAAGGCAGCCGCAGCCCAAAAUGACAUAGAUCCAUCAGAAAUUGAAGAAAGCAAGCCAUUGACGUUCGGAGAUGACAUAGCCAUAGACUUGAAGCCAGCAUUGAAGAAGAACAAAAUACAAAAGAAGAACAAAAAGAAGCCAACUAAGAUCAUGUUUGGUUGA